CACCGAGCUAUAAAUACAAAAUUAAGAGACAUUUAAAUUUGGACGCGUUAAGUAUCUGCCCGUUGCCGGCGAAAACAGGCCAUAGGCAACACCAGACCGCAGCUGAACUACAGCCCCGACUUCCUAAUCUAUUUUAAACCGCGCAAUCACUCUUUUCAUACUGACGUGUUUGCAUGCGAGUCGUUCCGAGUCAUAACUUUUCAACGUUGUUUGUAACUUCGCUUUAAAAUUUAAAGCUGUCAAGAUUUAAUUUCUUAAUAUCAAAGCACGUAAGGUUGAUUCAGCAGGAUUUACAUCGGUCAACAAUAACGCUGACAAAUACACGAUGGGGUUACUAUUUUCCAGAUUUCGAAAGAAAAAAGCGACAUUUGACAUCCUGGAAGAUCUUGAAACGAAAAUUCAGGAAAUCGAAGAAUACAGACAGAAUACGGAGCAAAGGCACAAAAAGAUUGUUGGAACGCUGAUAGUCUAUAGCGUGGUUCUAUAUAUCAUAGCUGCGCUCGUAUUUUACUUCUACUUCUUCCCAGCUGCUUUAUACGACCAAAUAUUUUACAUGACACCAUUACUCAUAUUCCCAAUAGUGAUACUUUUUACCAAGAAGCUUGUAUCCUGGUAUUACAAGCGCAAGAUAUCGCGCAAUAAAACGAAAUUGUCGACAAUGCAGCAAGAGAAGAGAAAAAUCUUGGACGAAGUCAUAGAAACUGAAACGUAUAAAAAGGCAAAGGAGAUUCUCAUUAAAUUUGCUCCUGACCGACUCAGGAUGACACCUCUCUCCCCUCAGCCAACGCCAGCAAAGUCUGCUCCACAAAACGAAACUCCUCGUAGGCCAAGCACCCCUCAAGUUUCAGCACCUGUCAAUGCCGCAUUGCCGGGUGGAGGUGCAACUGAACUGCGGCGAAGACUUUUACCAGUUUCUAGUCUCUCUUCCACAAAACCAAUCGGUAGGCUCGGUAAUUCUGGUGUAGUUCCAGUUGGCUUGGUGCCUCCACAUACUCCACAAUCAGAUAAUAUCUACCCUGCAAUGGCUCCUAGGCAGUCUAACACUCCCGUUGUUACUCCCAAAGCACCUUUGCCGCGUCCGAUUCUUCCGCAACAGAGAAGUUAUCUGGAUCGCUUGGUCGAAUAUUUAGUUGGGGAUGGGCCAUCGAACCGCUAUGCGCUGAUAUGCCGGCAAUGUGAUUCCCACAAUGGAAUGGCGUUGAAGGAAGAAUUUGAGUAUUUUGGAUUCAGAUGUUGUUAUUGCAACUUUUGGAAUCCAGCUAGAAAACAAAAACCAUCCGCUCCUAGGCUCGAGCAUGAUGUUAGUGGAAUGAUACCUGUGUCUCCAAGUUACAAUACCAGUCAAGCUCUGUCAGCGCCAAAAAUUUCAGAGGGCUUAUCGAAUUCCUCAGACACCGAUUCGGAUAUCGAAGUUGUCGAAAAGCCUGAAAACACGGAAGACAGUACGGAGGAGAAGUCCGCCUCUGAAAAGGAAGAAGAAAAAACCACCGUUGUAACCGAGGAGGAUUUCAAAACCGAGGCUGCAACGGAAGAGCCAACAGAGAAGGUGGAGGAGAAAAGUAUAGAAGACCUACCAGAAAGAGAAACGGAAAAAAUGGAGGUGGACGGAUCUCCGUAAAAAGAAAAUUUUUAUUCGUUUUCCAAAAGUUUCACGUCAUUAAUUUAUCUAAAGCUGAUUAUCCAUUGCAGUAAAGACCUCACUGGAUUAAUGAUGUCUAAUGCCUUUGCAAAACUUGUUCUUUUCAUUAGAUCUUCGUUAUUCCGAAAAUUACCUUUACUCUUUUCGUCUUACAGAAAACUAGUUAAUUCACAGAAUUAACCCAAGUAGCAGAAUCGGUUUUCAAAAAUGCCUACUUUCUCUCUUCCGAUACAAGCACCUGAAUUGAAUUUCACUACAAACUUAGCUACUGGACGUGUGCAUUUUCCGCUUUAUUUUAUAUCUAUAUGAAGCAAAGAAGAAGACCUAAUACCUGUUUGUGUACUUACGCCUUAUAACUAGAAGACUUUUGAUUUAUCUUCCAGAAUUUGGGUAUCUUCUUUGUUACAGUAAAGAUCGCAGGUGGUAUUCGAGAUUUACUGUAUUUCCUGUGAUCUUAAUCUAUUAAUCGAUCAUUUUACUAUACUUGGCACUAUUAUGUUAUUGUCAUCCAGGCUUCUUAACUGACCUGGUUUCUGACCCGACUGCUUGUUUGUUUAAUGCUGAUUAAUUAUUAUUUAGGCGAUAUUGUCGUGAUUUUAGAUGUAAGUAUUACAGUUUUUUGCAAUCACGGUUACGUUUAUGCGUCUACAUAAACUUUCCACCGUCUAAAGUAUAAAUAAGACUUAUUUUCAUAUACACAUAGGCUAAUAAAACAAAUCUCGCAAUAGAGAACACGACGUAUUUAUAACAGAUACAAUUAUUUUCGCAAAUAUUGUAAUUAAUUGUAAUUUACAACGAAAUCCGAAAUAACUCACUGCACGUAUUUUAUAGGCAAUAAAUGAUAUUCAUUUAAUAA